AUGUACGACGUCAAAAUCGAGCCCGAGGUCAAGAACAGGAGGAAGCGGAGAAGGCUCUACGACAUCCUCGAGAACCACCCGGGCUUCAAGGAGUUCUCCAAGCACACGGCGACGGAUUAUGGCAAGAUCAUCGUUUCCAUGAAGCCGCUGAACCCGAAAGCCCCAGCCACCAAGGAUGGAGAGAAGGAGGACCGAAUCGAGGUCAACAUCAUCUAUACCGACAACGACGCCUCGCCCCCGCCCGCUGAGGGCAAAAACGAGUAUAAGUUCCUCAUAAAUCGUUCCGCGUACAUCGAGCCGUCGGAUUUCCAGGACUAUGUCAACGGAAGGAACCCCCACUACAGCCCCGAACAGCCCAUUCAGGCCAUGAACAUCAUCCUGGCCAAGUUCCCAUCGAAAUCCAUCAGCAUGGUCCCGGUCGGACGGAACAAGUUCUUCGUCUUGAGUGACGACCAACAGCUGAAGUUCGAUCUUGGGGCCGGACUCAUCGCGUUGAAGGGCUUCUACACGUCCAUCCGUCCGUCCGUCGGAAACGUGUUGUGUAACUUGAAUGUCUGCACGACAGCGUUCUACGAGUACGCUUCGUACAUGAGAGACGCCGCCCGCGUCCACCCCGGUGCCAUCAAGAAGUUGCGGGUCCACUUUCGUCACGUGCGCGUCGAGUAUAACUAUCUCAAGGACAAGAAGACGGGGAAACACUUUGCCAGGCAACGAUCGAUCAAUGGCAUCUCGUUCCAGACCCCGCGUGAGAUCGAGUUUGACGAGGACGACCCCAUCCGUGGUACCAAGAAGAAGACGAACCACGGCGUGAAUCUCAGGUACCCCAUGCUGCCAGCCAUUAAUGUGGGCUCUGCCCAGCCCGUGUGGAUCCCCCCGGAGGUCGCCACUAUCGUGCCUGGGCAAUAUUUCAAUGGGAAGCUGCCAGAUGACCUGACCGGUCAGAUGAUCCGAUUUGCUUGCAAACAACCCAAGGAGAAUGCCGAGGCGAUCGAGAACGUGGGGCUACCCCGUCUCGGUCUAAAGGGCCAGAAUUCUCACAUGGACCCCUUCAAGAUGUCCGUUUCUCCGGAAAUGAUGGUUGUUGCUGCUCGGAUUCUGCCCGCCCCGCCCAUCACGUACGGGAGUGGGAGCAUGCAGCCUAAAGACGCUUCGUGGAACCUGAUGAAGAAGCGGUUCCGGGAAGCGGCGCCGAUGGCUAACUGGAGUUACCUGAUCAUCGAGGACAAUUUCCCGAUCCCCGUCGAUGCGGUCGUCAACAUCAUGAAGACCUUUGAGAAGACUUGCAAGGAGUACGGCAUGGCAGCCAACCCCCCGACCCUCAAAUUCGCAGAUGGCAGUUAUCCCCUCAAGGUGCGCCUGCCUCGCGAACGGGGGCCGAUCGACUUGGAGAUAGCCAUGAAACCGGCGUUCAAGAAACUCCAGGAGAACAACAUUCAGAUCACCUACGUCUUUUUGCCCGGUCAAGAAAAGGGCGUUUACGCUGCGGUGAAGUACUGCGGUGACGUCAAGGCAGGUGUCGGUACGGUUUGCUCUCAGUGGAACAAGGUGAACAAGGACAGGGGUCAGGAUCAGUACCUGGCCAACGUGGCCUUGAAGUUCAACAUGAAGAUGGGCGGAACCAACCACACGCUGGCGCCGGCGCAACUUGGUGACCUGAAGGGCGGCAAGACGAUGAUCGUUGGAUGCGAUGUGACCCAUCCAUCUCCUGGCAGCUUGAAGGGCACGCCUUCGAUUGCCGGUGUCGUCGCCAGUUGGGAUCCCCAGUUCUCCCAGUACCCCGCUUCCCUGCGUUUGCAGAAGAGUAAGCAAGAGAUGAUCGCCGAGAUGAAGGAAAUGAUCUUGGAGCGGCUCAAGUUGUGGUACUCCAAGAACGAUAAGCAGUUCCCGGAAAAGAUCAUCGUCUACCGUGACGGAGUCUCCGAGGGCCAGUUCCACCAGGUGAUCCAAAAAGAAUUGCCACAGAUCCGGGAAGCCUGCCAGUCAGUUCCGCUCAAGGGUUAUAAUCCCAAGAUCACCAUCAUCAUCGUCGGAAAGCGCCAUCAUACCCGCUUCUACCCCACGGACGACAAUGCUGCCGAUGGCAGAACGGGAAAUCCUGCGCCUGGAACCUGCGUGGAUCGUGGUGUGACGGCAGUGUACGAUUUCGACUUCUACCUGCAGGCACAUGCGGGUAUCAAGGGAACCGCUCGACCCGCGCACUACUACGUGAUCCACGAUGAGAACAAGUUCUCGGCUGAUGGACUUCAGACCUUGACUCACAACCUCUGCUACCUUUUCGGACGAGCAACCAAGAGUGUCAGCAUCUGUCCACCAGCAUACUACGCCGAUUUGGUUUGCGAGCGUGGCCGCUGCUACAUUCACGGCCUGCUCACGGGCGGUGACGAUGGCGCAAGCUCCAUCUCCGGCCAGAGCGACUCGCAGAUCGAGGCUGCGACCUUGGCCAAGGCUCGCAGUCUUUGGGGCAACGGUGUUCACCCAGUUCUCAACCAGACUAUGUUCUACCUCUAG